AUGGGCACCUGGUCAUUUGUAAUAGCCGAAGGUGCUGGACAGGACAGGAGCUUCUUUCUGAAUCCCUGUCCGUCAAGGACCGGCAGGACGCUUCAGGAAACAAACUACCCCAAGAUGUUGGGUUGUGGAUAUCUCAGUGAAGAUCAAGGUAUUUUGCUCACUGUUUUACCUUGUGCUCGUGAUCACUUUACUAAACAGAAGAAAAUGAUAACUGGACUAGUCUUCUCCUUCAUCUGGCGAAUCCGACCUACGUACAUGAUUCGUGCCAUUCCAAGCAAUGCAUCAGAUAAUCUGCACUGCACGCUCCUCGCUCACAGUGCAAUCCAUGGUGCAAUGGCAGGAUACACAGGCUUCACAGUUGGUCAAGUUAAUGGAAGACAUGCUUACAUACCAUUCUAUGCGAUGACUGGUGCUUGGACUGGUACUCUUCGCAAACUUGUAAAAGAAUUAAGAGCAUUCAACAUUUUUGCUAUUCUUUUGCCAAAGGCUCUUAUUGAUUUGAGUUUUCUCUUAACUUGGGUGAUAGAGAGACAGAACAAGGUUGUGAUAACUGACAGAAUGAGGGCCUGGGUGCUGUCUUCGACCAAUCAGCCAAGUUUCUUGGACCCUAGAUGCAACAAUGAAGCCAAGAAAGAUGAACCCGCAACCACAAUCCCAGCUCUUAGAAGGGGGAAAUGGCGUUAG